CGAGCUGUUGCUAAUCUGCCAAAGGCUACUCUGGUCACGAUAGAACCCUAUACUGAAGAUGAUUGGGAAAUUUUGGAGCUUAAUUCAGAGUAUGCAGAAGAAGCUAUUCUGAAGCAGGCGAAGAGAUAAAGUUUGAAUUCCACAGCUAGGAGAAAUGAUCUGCUAGGGUAGGGUUGGUGAGUAGUACAGAAUCAGUCUGCAAAUGGGGACCUAAUGUAAGAGUAUUUUGCAAUUUCAGAGAGUUGUUAAUGAAGAAGGAUUGAUCUCUACCAAUUGAAUAAGAAUGUUCAAUUCUAGAAUGAUGCAUAAAGUACCUCUUUUUUUUAUCCUGCAUAUAGUACCUUCACCUUUGGAACCUUGACUAAAAAAGUGUGGAGUGGGGUAUAAGUGCCUUGACUAAUGCACCUUCCUAUACCUCGGCUCACCAACAUGCCCCAAGUUCCCCAACUAAUAAGACAACUAUUUGAUUGGCUCCUGGUAUGCUACAUUUGAUUGGCUCCUGCUAUGCUAAUUUAGUUUAUGAUCUCCUGAAAAUUUUGCUAUAGGAACCAAGAAGAUAGAAGUUGUCUUGUUAGUUGGGGUAUGUCGUAGAGAUGCGGCUAUAGGAACAUGUGUUAUGGAACCACGUUUUAGGAGAGUGAAGGAUGGGAAGUGGACUUCGUUGAGGCUUUGGUAUUCUUUCGGCUUAUUCUAUUUAACUGAGGAUGCUAUUGAGUGCAAUGGGUCUAGAAAUGCAGGGUCGUAUUCUAAUGAAAGCUUAUUGGGAAAUGAAGUUCUUCUCAUUGGAAGGGGCUCUGGAGGUCAAGAAUGCUACUAAGGUUGGGAUUGUUCAUGAAGCUAUGAGAUUUCCUUUGUGGUUGCAUGGUCAAACUACCAUUACGUUUCUUGUUGUUUCAACCUUUCCUAAGAAUCCUACAGUGCAACUUGUGCCGGGAACUGAAGUUGCUGUUGCACCAAAGAGACGAAUAAAAAGAAGCGGUGACCCUCUUGAAGAUUCCUCCAUGCAAUCUUCAACUAAGGAGCAUUCUUUUGGAAAGGCACUGCUGCGCGUCCAGGAUCCAGAUGGUCGAUUCGUUCACAAGUGUGAGGUCAAUGGUGUUGAGAUGGGGGUGGUGCUCACUUCUGUCAUCUUUAUUCAUCCAGAAACAGCAAAAACCAGUUCACUUGAUGCUUCUCAGCUUGUAGUUAUAGUGCCUAGAAUACCAUCAAAAGAGAGCUUCAAGAAUCUUGAAACUGAUAAUCGUGAAACAAAAAACAGCUUACCAGUGAAACAAGUUAGUGGUGGAAUUGUGACUGACAAAAAGGACUUCCGUGAGGCAGUUGUUCAUCUUUUGAUCUCUGAGUCCGUGGCUAAAGGACAUGCAAUGCUUUCUAAGUCUCUCCGUCUGUAUUUGAGAGCCAGCGUACACUCAUGGGUAUAUGUAAAGAGAUGCGAUAUUAACUUGAAGAAAGAAGUUCCUUUACUUUCACUUUCUCCUUGCCAAUUGAAGGCGCCUCGCCUCUACAAGGAUCAUGAGAACGAGGGUCUAGAAACUAUUGGAAGCCAAAUGAAUCAUAAGACUAACGAUGUACUGCUCAAGGCAAACUCAGAAGCUGGCAUUGGUGUAAUUGAUUGGUUUGCACAUGAUAGAGUUUUGUUGGCGCUUUCCAAUGGAUUGCCUAUUAAUGAGGAUGAAGAGGCUGUUAGUAUCUCCACCAUUAAAAAGGGAUUGCAUAGUCUUUUGUAUGCAUGUUAUUCUGCUCAACGUCAUGCCAUUGCUUCAUAUGCAGGAGUGGAAGUUAAUUCAUUGGUUUUAGGAAAUAAAAGUUUGCUGCACUUUGUUGUGAAGGACUACAUAAGUGCAAAAUAUGGAAAGGUGCAUGCACCAUCAAAUGUUUCUCUUGGAAUAGCAAACAAUAAUGGAGAAAAAUGGAUUGACAUCCUCUAUGUUCUGUCUGCUGCUGAGGAACCUCUUCUUGGUGACAAGCUUUAUGCAUAUGAACUUGCAUUUGGUGAAGGAAAGAUGGGGGACAAUAACCAAAAAUGGUCAGAAUUGUUGCUCGGAAAACUGGAUUUUCGUGACCCUAUAUAUUUUUAUUCUGUGAAAGAAAGAACCCGUGACAAAUUCUUUAGCUCGAAUAUUUCUUCCUUCAGGUGGAUGGGAACAGCUGUUUCUGAUGUUAUCAACAGGUUGACUGUGCUAUUGUCUUCUGCAGCAGGGAUGUUCUUGAGUAGUUAUAAUCUUCCUUUUCCUGGACAUGUUCUGAUACAUGGUCCUCCGGGUUCGGGGAAAACAUUAUUGGCCACAGCUGUUGCAAAAUCAGUUCAAGAACUUGAGGACAUCUUGGCUCACAUAGUUUUUGUACGUUGUUCUAAAUUGGCGUUGGAGAAGUCGUCAACUAUUCGUCAAACACUUUCUGCCUUUUUAUGUGAAGCAUUGGAUCAUGCACCUUCUGUUGUCAUUUUUGAUGAUCUUGAUAGCAUAAUGUCUUCUUCCGCUGACUUGGAAGGGUCUCAACCUUCGUCUUCCAGUGUUGAACUGACACAGUUCCUUGCAGACAUUAUGGAUGAAUAUGCGGAAAAGUGGAGAAACUCCUGUGGUAUUGGCCCCAUUGCAUUCAUAGCUUCUGUCCAAUCACUCACUAGUAUGCCACAAGCAUUAAGCUCUUCUGGAAGGUUUGACUUUCAUAUUCAACUGCCUGCUCCUGCUGCCUCAGAACGUGGUGCUAUAUUGAAAAAUGAAAUCCAGAAACGUUCCUUACAGUGUUCUGAUGACAUCUUGUUAGAUGUAGCUUCCAAAUGUGACGGAUAUGAUGCAUAUGACCUGGAAAUUUUGGCUGAUAGGGCUGUUCAUGCUGGCGUUUCUCGGUUUUUGUCUUGUGAUAUUGCUUUUCAAGAGCAUGAGAGGCCUACUUUACUUAGGGAUGACUUUCUGCAUGCAAUGCAAGGGUUUGUUCCAGUUUCCAUGCGUGACAUUACAAAGUCUGCUCCUGAAGGUAGUCGUGCUGGUUGGGAGGAUGUUGGUGGUCUUACUAACAUCAGUAAUGCCAUCAAAGAGAUGAUUGAGUUACCUUCAAAGUUUCCAAAAGUCUUUUCAAAAGCUCCCUUAAGGCUGCGGUCAAAUGUUCUCUUAUACGGCCCUCCUGGUUGUGGCAAGACACAUAUUGUUGGUGCUGCUGCUUCUGCUUGUUCUCUGCGAUUUAUCUCCAUAAAAGGUCCUGAGCUGCUGAACAAAUAUAUUGGUGCUUCUGAGCAAGCUGUUCGUGAUAUUUUCUCAAAAGCAGCUGCUGCAGCACCGUGCCUUCUCUUUUUCGAUGAAUUUGAUUCCAUCGCACCAAAGAGAGGACAUGACAAUACUGGAGUGACCGAUCGUGUCGUUAAUCAAUUUCUGACUGAAUUAGAUGGUGUUGAAGUUUUGACUGGUGUAUUUGUCUUUGCUGCCACCAGUCGACCAGAUUUACUUGAUGCUGCACUAUUGCGACCUGGUAGGCUGGAUCGCCUUCUGUUUUGUGAUUUCCCAUCAGAAAAAGAGAGGAGGGAUAUUCUUACAGUUCUCUCUAGGAAGUUACCAUUUGCAAGUGACAUUGAUCUAGACGCCAUUGCUAGUAUUACAGAAGGGUUUAGUGGGGCCGACCUCCAGGCCCUUCUCUCAGAUGCACAGCUUGCUGCAGUUCAUGACAUUUUGGACAGUGCAGAGAGCUACAAGCCUGGAAAAAUGACGGUGGUCAUCACACAGACCCUUUUGCAUUCCGUUGCAUCCAAGGCAAGACCAUCGGUGUCAGAAGCAGAGAAGCAUCGGUUAUAUGGCAUUUACAACCAGUUCUUGGAUUCGAAAAGAUCCGUUGGUGCACAGUCAAGAGAUGUAAAAGGCAAAAGAGCGACUCUAGCUUGAUCCCGAGAUUAUGCCGAAUUUCCCAUUAAUCACGAAGUGGACGGGACCGGGCUGUGCAGUU